UCCGCCGUCGCUUCCGCCCCGUCGCCGCCGCCGCUUCCCGGUGCAGUCCCGGUCCCGCGGCUCCCUUCGCCCUCCGCGUCAAUGCGGCGCCGCCGCCCCGCGGCCUGCCCCGGCCAUGGACACCAGCGACCUGUUCACCAGCUGCAAGAAGGGGGACGUGAGCCGCGUGCGAUACCUCCUUGAACAGCGAGAUGUGGAGAUCAACGUCCGUGAUAAAUGGGACAGCACCCCUCUGUAUUACGCUUGCCUCUGUGGACAUGAGGAGCUGGUGCGCUAUCUUCUGGCCAAUGGAGCGAAAUGUGAAGCCAACACCUUUGAUGGGGAGCGUUGCCUCUAUGGAGCUUUGAGUGAUGCCAUCCGCCGCCUGCUGAAGGAGUACAAACAGAUCACAGCAAAGUGCAUGAAGAGGGACUACUACGAUGUCUUCCUGCAGCGGCUGCUGGAGCAGGGUUACCAGAGCAACAUCGUUUUCAUUGUGCAUGGCAAAUCCUUCUGCGCCCACCGCUGCAUCCUCAGUGCUCGCAGCGCCUACUUUGCAGAGAUGUUUGAGACCAAAUGGAAGGGGAAGAACAUGAUAGUGUUGAAACAUCCACUGAUUAAUCCAGCAGCCUUUGGCUCUCUGCUGCAGUAUCUGUACACAGGGCGUCUCGACAUCGACGUGGAGUAUGUCAAUGACUGCAAGAGGUUAGCUAAGCAGUGCCGGCUGCAGGACCUCAUAGAUGAUUUGGAGACCAAAUGCAAAAAAGUCUAUGAAUUUGUCUCUUCCAAGCCAGGGACCUGUGUGAAAGUGCUGACGAUUGAGCCCACAGGUAACUGCCGGCUGCAGGAAGAUCUGGCUCUUCUAGCAGACUGCGCCCUGCCAGCCAAACUGCGGCAGGCAUUGGUACCUGAAGGAAUGUAUAGAUGGCAGAUGGCUUGCUGGGCUUGCUUGCUAGGAGCUGACAGCAGCAGUGGAGAGGUGCUUCCAAACCCUGACAGUAUUGCCAACAGAAAUGUUGGUUUUGGGGAGCUGCCGUUCGACAGCACCGACAACUUCAACAGUUGUCCCGAUGUGUGCUUCCGGGUGGCAGAUUACAACUUCUUGUGCCAUAAGGCAUUUUUCUGUGGUCGCAGUGAUUAUUUCAAAGCCCUUCUUGAAGAUCACUUCAGUGAGAGUGAGGAGCUGCAGACACAGCCCAGCAUCCCUGUGGUGACUCUGCACAGCAUCUCAGAGGACAUCUUCAUCCGGGUCCUCUACUACAUCUACAGUGAUGAUACAGAGCUGUCCCCAGACAAUGCCUAUGAUGUGCUGUGCGUGGCAGACAUGUACCUGCUGCCCGGGCUCAAGCGCCUGUGUGGCAGGACUUUGGCUCAGAUCCUGGAUGAGGACAACGUUGUCAGCAUCUGGAGGAUUGCAAAGCUGUUCCAGCUCACCCGCCUGGAGGACCAGUGCACGGAGUACAUGGCAAAGAUCAUCGAGAAGCUGGUGGAGUCAGAGGAGUUUGUGGCUGCUGUGAAGGAGAACGCGGAGGCUGUGGAGGAGCGGCAGGAGACGGACUCCAUCCCUCUGGUCGAUGACAUCCGCUUCCACAUCACCAGCAACGUGCAGACCUACAGUGCCAUUGAGGAAGCCAACCAGAAACUUGAAGCUCUGGAAAACCUCCUGGCCAGCAUAGGGCUUGAGUGCUGAUGUGUGCAAACCCUGCCUGUCGUUGCAGCCUGCGGAGGCCUCGCUGGGUUGGCUCAGAGGGCAGGAGCAUCUCUCAGUGUCCCUCUUUCCCCUCUUUGUCCUCCUUCCCAUCCACUUUCAGGCAUGGUUUCUUUUUAAUUUAUUCUACCUGGACAUGUGCAUGUCUGCUUUGUGUUUGGUUUUAGUUUGGGUUUUUGUUUCCCCCUUCAGAAGUAGCUUCUGAAGCUCAGCCCACAUCAGUAGCUGCUCCUGCUGAAGGGAGAGCACCCCUUUCCUUCCUAAAAGAGAAGGAAACACGUUCUUCUUGGGAACAGCACUUGUCCCUUUCCUUUUGUCCAUGGUGGUAGAGCAAAACUGCUUCUGCUCAGGGUGGUGACAUGGAGAGGGGCUGUGCAUUUGCUGUGUGAUUUGUGGACUGUACCUCCAAGUCCAUCCCUGAGCUCAGUGUGGCUUUGACAGGACCACCAAAGAGCCCAGUGCACCUUGAACUGAUAAAGACAUUGCGGUAAACUCGAGGAGGGGAAGGGCUAUUGAAAAUGCUUUUAUAUGAAGUCCCAUCUAUUGUGGUGAAGGCAGGACUGGUUUUGUGCUCAGUGUCAGGCUCAUGAAAGCCUGCUGCGGAAACCAACAGCUUAACCCAGCUGGUUCAGUUCCCCUGCUGCUCCUCCCUCCGUGGCUCAAGAUGACACUGAACACAAGCAGGAUGUUUAGUUUAUCACAUCCCCUCCACUCCUCCUGCCUAAAUCCCUCAUCUGACAUAUUGCCAUUGGCUUUGCACAGCAGUGGUGGUGACAGCCCUGCACCAGCCACCAGAGGCCAGAACGUGGCCUUUGCCUUCUGCUUGCACUGAACGAGCUGCAGAAACAGGAUUACCAAGGAAUGUGCUAACGCUGCUCUCUGCAGAUGCCUCAGCUGCUCAGGCAAAUGGACAUUGAUAGCGGGCAAAGCAGGAGGAAGGCAGAGCAGGGGCAGCAGUGCUGGGAAGCAUUUUCCAUAUGGCUGCUCCUGAGUGAUUCCAUUCCCGUGCGGAGCACGUGGGAGGAAAGGGCAGGGUGGCCUUUGCUCUGCCUCCCAUAGCACAGCUCCAUGUGUGCUGCAAGCAGGAGCCCCGUCUGCCUGCGUGCACUUAAUGGUCACAUCUGUGAGGCCCCUCACAUUGUCCCAUUACUCGGGGUCCCUUUCCCCCCCACCCCCAGUCCCUAUUGGCAAAGCAGGGCUACCAAGGCACGCUCAGCAGAUGGGCAGCAUGCAGGCACGCUCUAAGGAAACCGAGCCAGGUCAAACCUCUGAUCUGAAUCCACUUUGUUCUCGCUGCAGAUAACUUGAUCCCAAGGUAAAAACCUUCUGAGUUUUCCUUCUGUGGCCGAUGUCCUUCCUGUGUUCUCUUGCCUCUGCCCCUUUUAUUCGCUGCUUCUCACUUGAUGAAUUAAGAAGAUUGUAAAAUUUACCAGAACAAUGUUAUAUUUAAGGGGAAAUGUGUAAGCAUGUGUGCAGCAAUAAAAUAGUCUAUUUCACUAUA